AAUUAAGCUAAUCAGCCACACUUGUAUAAAAAACAUCCCUUCUGCUCUGCCCAUUCCCCUCUUCAAUUCACCACCUUCUCUUCUCUCUCUACCAACUCACUGCCCUAAAACAAUUGCGCCGCCGAGUAAAAUGCCGACGCCUCCUCUCCUCCUCUCUCUCCUCCUCGCACUCCUAAUUUCACCAGCAACCGCCUCGCCAAAGCACGAUCUGGUGCGGCGCUCGUGCGUCCACGCGAGCUACCCUGACGUGUGCCUCCGCACGCUCUCGUCGUCCUCCUCGUCCGGCGCGGCCGCGACGCCGCGGGAUCUGGCGCAGGCGGCGGUGAGGGUGAGCCUGGCGCACGUGCUGAAGGCGUCGGAGUAUCUGGCGGCGAUGAAGGGGAGCGUCGCGCGGCGGGAGCAGGGCGCACUCAGCGACUGCGUGGAGCAGAUGGCGGACACGGUGGACGAGCUGAGGAAGACGAUGUCGGCGCUGCGGCAGCUCCGGCGCGGCGGCGGCGUGGAGUUCCGCUGGCAGAUGAGCAACGCGGAGACGUGGGUGAGCGCGGCGCUGACGGAUGAGGAGACGUGUUUGGACGGAUUCAAGGAGAUCGACGGCGAGGUGAGGGCGGAUGUGAGGAAGAAGGUCACGAAUGUGGCGAGGGUUACCAGCAACGCGCUCUAUCUCGUCAACCUCCUCGACGAUUAGUCGAUUGAUUAGUCGAUUAGUCUCUCUCUCUCUCUCUCUCUCUCUCUCUCUCUCUCUCUCUCUCCUUCUCUCUCUCUGCAUAUAUAAUUGAGAUCUAGUUUAAUUGUUGGUUUUUCUGCGUUUAUGUGCAUAUUGUUGUUGCUCAUGAAUUUCUCGUGAAACUGCUUAUGAAUAUAUAUAAAUAUUUCAGUCA